AUGCAUUAUGCCAUGGUCUUAUUCCCUGGCUUUGAAGCCCUAGACGUCUUCGGGCCGCUGGAAGUUCUUAAUGUCCUCUCUGAGCAAACUCAUAUUCGGCUGUCCUUAUUAUCCUCAUCUGUUGCUCCUGUUUCAACGCGUUCUCCAGAUCCGGCUGCCCACCGAACAGGUUCAAUUUGUUCGCAAGAAAUAGUGCCAACAGGAACAUUCAAUGACUUUGACGCUAUGGGCGCAGACCGCAGCUCAGAACCCAAGUCAGUUAUUGAUGUUCUCCUGGUCCCUGGUGGUGCUGGGACACGGUUCCAUCAUACUAUCAACCCUGUUAUCGAAUUUGUUCAGAAGGUAUUCCCAUCGGUGAAAUACAUUAUCUCCAUCUGUAAUGGGGCGGGUGUAUUAGCAAGAACAGGGAUCUUGGAUGGAAGAAGGGCCACCACCAAUAAGCUUUUAUGGGAACCAACAACUGCGCUUAGAAAAGAGGUCCAUUGGGUUAAGGAGGCAAGAUGGGUUAUGGACGGGAAUACUUGGACCGCUUCAGGGGUGAGCGCUGGUAUUGAUGUGACACUGGCGUUCGUCCGACAGGUAUAUGGAAGAGAUCUAGCCGGAAGCAUUGCAAGAGAAAUUGAAUAUGUCUGGGAUAGCGAGGAUGAUGGUACAAAAGAUCCGUUUGCAUCUCAGCCUCAGUUCCUAUAA